AUGAAGCUGGCCUUGCGUGGCGGGGCUCUUAUUCCCCCUCCGCGGGUGUUCUGGCCGCCGCCGAGGACUGCCAUCCUCCUCCUUUACCCCGGGGGGCGCCCCCUUCCCCGGGGACCGAGCGACCGAGGGAGCGAGGCGGGGGCAGCCGCCGCCCCUCCGCCCCGGGCCCUGCCCCGCGCCCGACGGCUCCCCAGACCGGGGCGGGGAGGGAGCCGCGUCCCGCCGCCCCGCGCGGGCUCCACAACUAAUUGUCGCCUGUUGUUCGGGCAGAGUUUGUCCUGUGUGCCCCCUCGGCAGGACAGGAGAAGCAGGGUGAAUUCUUGCUCCCCCCCUCAGCAGAGCCUGUGCGGUCCGGGGAUCCCGUGGAACCGAGAGGAGGUCCCGCACCGAGCACCCCCGCCGAGCGGGACGCGGUCCGCGGGGCUCGCCCGGACCCCGAUCCGGACUUUCAUUCCCCGGAGGCGCGGCUGCCUGGAGAAGCGUUCCAGGCCGGCAGGAGAAGGGAGGAAGGCGGCGCAGAGAAGCCUGCGCUGCCGGGCCGCUCGAAAGCGGAGCUCCCCCGCCGCCGAGCCGGGGGGGAAAGGUCGAGCGGGACAGCGGACCCCGAGCAGGCGCAGCCCCCCCCUCCCCGGAACGCCCCCGGGCCCGGCGCGGCACAGGUGCGGGCGUUUAGCGACGAAGAGCUCCGGUGACCGCCAGGGCGAUUCCCGGGGCGGGGUUAAAGUGCCCCCCCGGGAGGCGCAGGCCUCCCCCCGCCCCGCCGGUGCGCAGCGUUUCCCGGGCGGGCGUGCGGCGGGAGCGGCGCCGCGCUCCCCGCCGUGGGGGUGCCGGGAGCGGGGUGGCCGGUGCCGCCCCUGGCUGGGGAAGCGAGGCGUUUAG